AUGGCUGUUGUACCUGUAGCGCGUUCCCCGCUUCCCUUUCCCACACUAUCGCCGCCGAUCAGUUCCUCUCAAACUCCUCGUUCUCCCUCAGUAAGAGCAUCGCCUGCAUUUUCGUCUCCGCCACAGCAAUUCUCUCCCCACAGCCGCCGCUCGACCAUUUCUUGGCCCUGCGCUUCAGCCUCGCCGUCAGGCGUCGCCGCGUUGCCGUCUCCUAGCCAACAACAUUUCACCCCACGAGCAACUUCUCAACUUUCCUCGUUCUCGACGCUCUUCGGCUCGUCGAUCCCGCGCUGUUGCCGCAGACCAUCCCGCUUGGAUUGUACGUCGCGAAUCUCUCGUCGCCUAUGCGAUCCUGGCGAUGUAGACGCUGCGAAAACUCGUGGCGGGAGCCGUGAAACGCGACUGCAGCGGCGAGCUUGCAGCGCGCACAACGACCCGCACAGCGGCGACGAGCCGUCCUCGUUAUUGGGUUCCUCGCAGGAGGAGCAUAAACCGCGGAUGUCCCAACUGCUUCUCGCGACAUUGUCGUCAUUGUCACCGUCGGCUCGGUUAAAAGCGGCGGGCGCGGCGGUGGCGACAGCAACGGUCAUUUGGCUCGCUGCUGCCCUGCGCUCCACUGGCGUGCUGCCACGUGUCUCACUCAAAUCGCUUCUGCUCCCGCCUCCCGCCCACGCUGCUGUGAUAACCGCAGCUGACCCCAAACCGAGUAGGCUAGCAUCAGUCGCGGUAGACACCAAGUCGGGCAAGUCAGGUUCGGAGCCAGGUUCGGCGGAGGCUCGGGCUGAGGCCGGAGAAGUAGUGCUGGGUGAAUCGGCGCAGCAAAGAGAGCAAGGGAUUCAAGAGCAGCAGCAGCAGCAGCAGCAGCAGAAAGCACCUCAGAGGCGUCAGUACUACGAGGUGCAGGGCGGCAGGCGAGGGGGAGUGGCGCCAGCGCGGUACACAGCGGUGGUGAGGUUUCCCAAGGCGUGCGGCAUCCUCGUGGGCACGCCCGUGCGCAUGCGAGGCAUCGCCGUAGGCUCGGUGGUGGCGGUCCGGCCGAGCCUAACCAGCGUGGACGUGGUGGUGGAGAUUCUCGACGAGGAUAUUGUGAUUCCGCGUGGCACGCCUAUAUUCGUUAACCAGUCUGGGCUUAUAGCGGAGACGCUUAUAGACAUGACGCCGCUGCUGCCGAUUCCAGAGUAUGACGCAGGACCAAGGGAUGCGGGGUGCCGGGAGGAGGGGGUGAUUGUGUGCCAUAGGGAGCGGGUGGAGGGGGAGAUAGGGGUGAGCAUGGACGAGAUGGUUCGGCUGUAUGUGAAGAUGGGGCGCGAUGCUGAGCGGGAGAAGGCCAAGAGAGGUGUGGGGGUGGUCGGGUGGUGGUGA